GGGUCAAAUGCUGAGGCAGCAGCUGAUGUGGUUAGUCCCUGUAUCUUGACCAUGGCUUUGCUGCGCUCUGAGAGAACAGCUGAAGGGAGUUUGGGGACCAGUACCAACUCUUGCCCACUGUGGACAGUGUUGUAUGACUAUGAAGCCACUGGAGAAGAUGAACUGAGUUUGCGUCGAGGGGAAAUGGUGGAAGUUUUGUCUAAAGACGCAGCCGUGUCUGGAGAUGAUGGGUGGUGGGCAGGUAAAAUCCAUCACCGUCUUGGCAUCUUCCCAGCAAACUACGUGACUUACCAGCCAGGCUGUUACCAACAUCCCCAGUUAGGAUUGUUGGAGAAGACUGGGCAUCAAACCCAAAACCUGGCCACAGGUGAUGGGCAACCUGUAGAUCACAAAGACCAUAUGGGUUCUCUAGCAGAGAUUGACUUCCAGCAUCUGGAACUACAAGAGAUUAUUGGAGUUGGAGGCUUUGGUAAAGUUUAUAGAGCUAUAUGGAAAGGCCAAGAAGUUGCAGUGAAAGCAGCCCGGCAGGAUCCAGAUGAGGACAUCAUGGCCACAGCAGAGAGUGUGAGGCAGGAAGCAAAGUUCUUUUCCAUGUUGAAACAUCCAAAUAUCAUUGAACUUCACGGCGUAAGUUUGCAGGAACCCAACCUCUGUCUAGUUAUGGAAUUUGCCAGGGGAGGACCCCUCAAUAGAGCUUUGUCAGGUACUUUCCCCACCGCUAGUGGGAGCCACUGGGGCCAUCGCAUCCCUCCUCAUAUAUUAGUCAACUGGGCAGUACAAAUUGCUCGAGGGAUGCUUUACUUACAUGAAGAAGCCAUCGUUCCCAUACUUCACAGAGACCUCAAGUCAAGUAACAUACUGUUGCUUGAGAAGAUAGAAAAUGAUGAUAUUCACAACACGACUCUGAAAAUCACAGAUUUUGGCUUGGCAAGAGAGUGGCACAGAACAACCAAAAUGAGUACUGCAGGUACCUAUGCAUGGAUGGCUCCUGAGGUCAUUAAAUCAUCCAUGUUUUCUAAAGGAAGUGACCUUUGGAGUUAUGGCGUAUUGCUGUGGGAACUGCUUACAGGAGAGGUUCCUUACCGUGGCAUUGAUGGUCUUGCUGUGGCUUACGGCGUUGCUGUCAAUAAGCUUACUUUGCCCAUUCCAUCCACCUGUCCUGAACCAUUUGCUAAACUAAUGAAAGAGUGCUGGGCACAGGAUCCCCAUAUCCGACCGUCAUUUACUAUGAUUCUUGAGCAGCUGACUGCCAUUGAGGGGGCUGUACAGACUGAGAUGCCUCAAGAAUCUUUCCAUUCUAUGCAAGAUGACUGGAAACUGGAAAUCCAGCAGAUAUUUGAUGAACUGAGAACCAAGGAAAAAGAGCUGAGAUCAAGAGAAGAAGAAUUAACAAGAGCUGCUCUUCAUCAGAAAUCUCAAGAAGAGCUGCUGAAACGGCGAGAACAGCAGCUCGCAGAACGGGAGAUUGACGUAUUGGAACGUGAAUUAAAUAUAUUGAUAUUCCAGUUAAAUCAAGAGAAGCCUAAUGUUAAGAAGAGAAAAGGGAAAUUUAAAAGAAGUCGAUUAAAACUUAAAGAUGGGAACAGAAUUAGUCUGCCUUCAGAUUUUCAGCAUAAAAUCACGGUGCAAGCUUCUCCAAAUAUAGAUAAGCGCAGAAGUUUACAAAGUAAUAGUUCUAGUCCACCAAGUAGUCCUCCAAUAAUUCCUCGCCUUCGAGCUAUACAACUGAUCUCCAAAACUGACUCAAGUACAGCUAAUGGGCAAAGAAACAGUAUAUAUGUAUACCAGCAAGAUGUAGAUAUCACAAGUGAAUAUGAAUUUCCCUGUGGGGUUCAGACAAAAGUAACCUCAGAUGAGAGCAACCAAACAUGGGGAAGGAGCACAGCUUAUCACCAGGAAGAAUUUGAAGAGGUGAAAAGAAGCUUUAGAAAGAAAGGUUGUACUUGGGGACCAAACUCAGUUCAAACAAAAGACCGUUCCGACUGCAAAGAGAGAAUAAGACCUCUCUCAGAUGGUGGUAGUCCUUGGUCAGCACUUUUGAUGAAGAAUCAUAAAGAUGUCCCAUUAGCUUCUUUGUUCAUGGACCAAGAACAGAAACUUUCCCCUGAAGGCCUUGAUCCUAAGCGACCAAAGCAGUUAAAAUUGCCAAAUCAGGCUUAUAUUGAUCUACCUCUUUGGAAGGAUGACCAAGAACUACAUUCUGCAGAACAGGACAGCCUUGAUCGAAAUUCUGCAAAUAGCACUCCACAAAUGACCCCAACAAAUAGUAUCAGCAGAACGUUACAGAAGAAGAAAACGGACACUGUAUUGUAUGGUUGUGCUGUCCUUCUAGCCUCUAUAGCUAUAGGUUUAGAUAUUAGGGAGCCAAACAGAUUGCAAAGUGGGGAUGAGAUGUUGCCUAAGGAGGAAAAGAAGAAACGUGACAGCCUGUUUCAGCGAGCAUCGAAGUUUCGGAGAAGUGCAAGCCCGGUGAGAUUGCAGCCUAAGAGAGAGGAGACAUGUGUCCCUUCAUCAUCUCCAGGUGCAAGUACAGUGAACCUCCUGUCCAUAUCUUCCAUUUCUACUAAAUGCCUCCUUCAAUCUGACAAUGAGGAUGCAACUAUGAGCACAGCGCCUGGCAAUGAAGAUGUUCCCAUUGAACCUUUUUUGCCUGGAAGUCAGACAGGCAAACAAGAACAAUUAGACAAAGUCAAUCGGACUGUCCGUCCUGAUUUGCCAUCUCCCAGUCUUCCUUUGAAGCAAGAACCUCAAUGUGCAGCCAGUGCCAUUUCUUCGAACGUCAAAGUAUGGGGUCAUAGGCGGAGCAGGUCAGAUGGAAAUGCGUGUCAUUCCAUAACUAAUGGAAUUUGUAAUGAAACUCUUGGGAUUCUACACGCAUCUGCUACGCCACAAACAAACUUUCAAAAUGACCUUUCACCAGGGAAGCAAGAAACUGUCAAUAUUAUUCCAAGACCUCGACCGUCUUCUUUAAGAAGCAGAUUGGAUCCCUGGCUGGCUAUUUCUCAAAAUACAAAGCCAAACCCUUUUGAAAUGGGUAAUUUAGAGGCUGACAGAGAUUCAAAGGCUGAGUCACUGACUGAUACCAAGGAAAGAACUAAAUUCCACAUGCCCUCUUUAUUGGAUAUGGAUGUGGAAGGUCAGAAUAGUGACUGUACUGUACCUUUGUGUAGGAUGAAGAGUAAAGCAGGUCGGCCAUCAAUUUAUGAACUGGAGAGAGAAUUCUUAUCAUAAGUGCCUUGGAAUUUUUAGCCUGUUUUAAGAAUAAAUUUUUAUGCUGCUCUUUUCUAAACAUGAUUAGUAGAAUUUGAUAUUACGCUAGAUAGAUGAAAUAUUACAGGCAAUGAACACUCUGUAAGCCCAUAUGUAGUUUAACUGAUUCUACCAUCACUAUCCUGAAUGAGUACAUAUGUGGAUAUCAAUAAAGUUUUUCACAAUUUU